AUGGGUUUACACCCGUCUUACGUGGUAGGUGUAUAUGAACUUGGUGUAAAGAUUUUGGAAUCGUUAGAAAACGAUGAUGUUUCGAGAGGCAUGCUUGUUGGUGAAGCUGGAAUAGGCAAGACAUGGUUGGCUCGAAAGGUAUUCGAGCUUGCAGUUGAAGAGGGCUCGUGCUACAUGGCCAUUUGGUUGAACCUAGGCAAAGUGCUGGACGAGAUGUCGCUUUACCAGGAUAUAGCUUCUCAGCUGUUCCUUGUUCCUGAGAAGGAAGAGAGUGAAGAGGAUAACGGCGGCGACGAGGACAAUAGUGAGGAUGAAAAGGAGCAGACAAUUCAAGACUUGAUCAGGUUGAAAGAUGAGAUUCAUAAAGAACUUGAUAGAAAGAAGCUCAGCUGUGAAGGAACGAAGUACCUGCUGUUGGUUUUAGAUGAUGAAGGAAGUGUGACCAAUGAAGAAAACGUGAUGAAAGAUUUGCACCUUGGAGAAUUUUUGGCACCUUACGGACCUAUAAAGAUUAUUCUCACAAGCAGAAAAGGAAAAGGAAAAGGAAAAGGAGAUGCAAUAGGUACUGAUGGGGAGAUCGGGUCCCAUGCCGCAGAUAUUAUCGAUUUGUCAGUCUUUACACGAAGCACUUACUGA